AUGUGCGAAAUCAGUGGAUUCCCAAUCGAUGGAUCAUAUGAAUACCUUAGGAAGUUGUUUUCUUCUGGAUGCACACAUAUUGUAGGAAAUUUGAUCAUCUAUGGCCUUCGCUCUACUGCCGAUGGGCCAGGUCCAGAUCUGAGUUUUUUGAAAGACAUUGAAGAAAUCAGUGGAUUUUUAAUCAUAAUGAACUCUAGUGUUGACGAAAUACCUCUUUCGAGUCUUAAAAUUAUUCGCGGCCUUGGCAGCGGUUACAGUCUUCGUGAAGAUCUUCCAAAAGCGUCGGUGCUUAUUCGGCACACAUAUGAAGCAGGAAGGAUGCUUAAAAAAGUUGAUCUCAGUAAUCUUCGUGUAAUUCAAAAUGGGGAUGUCUACAUGUUUGACAAUCCGCAAGGAUGCGAUUUAACACCAGGACUUUCAUGGGAUGGUCUUUUUGCAAAUCCAGCCAUCCAGCGUUUUCACACCUCCACAGUCUCGGAGUUGAACCAAGGAGACUCUUCCCAAACGGAGCCCUGCCCAUCGUCUCCAGGUAAAGACGGCUCGCAACAACCUUUGUGA